CUUCUCUCACUCGUACAACAUGACCUCUGGUGCUCGUAGUCUUCCAAGGCGCGAUUCCAUCGAUUGUACUGUAAACUUGCUAUCCUACCAGCAAGCUUAUCAACUGCGGCCGCUGUGUAUCGGUGAUUUUGGUCAUUCUACUCCCGGUCAUCACCCUGAAAAACCGCGAUUUCAGUAUGUAUUACUCAUCGUCUUUAGCAGGCCUGCUCCGCGAUCCUGCCCACAUGCUGCGUAGUACACCUAUCUCUGGGAACCUCGAGCCUAAGGGACCUGAAACCUGUCAAUUUUGAACAUUCAAGGGUUCCAACUAAACGAAAAUUGUGUCGAGGAAGAAUAUGCCUAUUGCGUCGCAUCAGGGGGGAAAGCCAAUCUCAAGAACUGUCAACUUCGAACCUCAACGGCCUGAGAUCGAUCUAGCGAUUUGAUAUUUGGGCGUUCCUAUAUUAUACGAGGCCGGAGGCAUAAAAGUGACAUUCUCGUCUCUUGAUUACCCCUCAGCCUUCAUUUGACAUGACACUCCGAACUUUACUAGGCUCCAUCCUCGUUCUUGCUCAAGUUGUCGCCGUCGUCUCGUUCCCAGUGGCGCCAAAUGCAGUCGAAGAUCGACAAAAUACCGACCUUAAAGGCGACGAUGGCUACGUACAGACUUCAAUCACCAGCAUGCCAUCGGACGCGAGCGAUAUUCGUUCUACUUCGAGGAACCAACACCUCGACGAUCGCUACCUCCUAGGAUCGUUGGGGAGACGCGAGCCGUUCAUCGAGAACAAAGCGCGUUCCACCGCACAGUUCUGGAAACGUAUCGUUAGCCAGACCCUCACAGGUGCAGAUGACUCGGAAAGUCUCAACACGCCUGCGGACACGGCUUUAUAUCCUGGCCCUCCAUCUUGGAAGCGUACCCUGGCACCUGAUACGGAUACUGUCCAUACUGGACCACCAACCUGGAAACGUGAUGCUCUAAACGAACGCAAAAAGCCCGGUCCACCGACUUGGAAACGGGCGAAAGACGGUCAACAGAUGGGUCCUCCUACUUGGAAGCGAGGAUUGACGGAGAAGCAGGUUGAAGACCUAGCAGUUGACUCUGCGGAACACGUUUCAGUCUUGAACCAUCGUAUGGUUCCAGGGCCGCCAGUUUGGAAGGCUUAGAACCUCAUCCAUCUCCGUGUUUUUCCCUUUUGUCCCAUUUCUCAAGUUCAUCCUUUUCAGUGAAGACUUUUUUAAUCACUCUUGGUACGUUUCAUUUACGAGUACUUUUCUUCUCGUUCAGAUGAUCCCCUGUUUUGAACUCUCAAUGUGUCUCUCCGUGUUUUUCCCUUUUUUCCCUUUCUUUUUCACUUCUCAAGUUCAUCCUUCUCAGUAAAGACCUUUUUAAUCACACUUAGUACGUUACAUUUGCGACCACUUUUCUUCUCGUUCAGAUGAUCCCCUGUUUUGAACCCUCACUGUGUCCGUGACACUACUUUUUUAUCUCAUUAGUUGUACGAGCCGUAUUCUAAUCGACCCCCAUGUGUAGUAGCGGCUUGUUCCUGUGCCAAAUAAAACUUGAAG